AUGAUUCUAUUCAUAAUUAUCGGUUUCCUACCAUAUUUAUAUGGCGAGAUUGUGAGAAUUCCUCUCCACCCUUUGAAAAGAUCUGAUUCAUUGGUGGGACUUGGUGCGACUUACUUUAAGCCUUCGACGAGAAAAUGGAAGUAUGAAUGGAAUAAGCACAAUACAUCUACACCGGAACAAUUGAUUAAUUAUGAAAACCUUCAGUAUUAUGGUGAGAUAUCAGUGGGAACUCCACCUCAAAAGCUACGAGUAUUGUUUGAUACAGGAUCCACUGACACAUGGUUAGCUUCAAGGAAGUGUUGGUUUCUUGAUAUAUUUUGUUGGAUGUUUUCAUUUUACGAUAGCUCGAAAUCGUCGACUUAUGUAUCAGAUGGUUCUAGUUUUCAUGUCAGAUAUCUGGUUGGUGAGUUCUCUGGAUUUUGGAGUGUGGACACUAUACGAAUAAACUCGUUGGAGAUUCGGAAUCAAGCGUUUGCUGAAGUGAGGAGUAUACUUAAUUUUGAAUACUUAACUGGUAAAUAUGAUGGAAUAAUUGGCAUGUCGACUAGACGGAUAUCGGAAUAUGGAAACAUUCCAAUGUUCCCGAAUAUACUAGCUAAUGGUGUGAAUGUGGACCCAAUAUUUUCAUUUUAUUUAAAUCGGGAAAACGGUGAAGGAAUCGGUGGUGAAUUGGUACUUGGUGGUGUAAAUCCUAAAUAUUUCAAGGGUGAUUUUGAAUAUGUACCUACUAUUCACAAUCAUAUGUGGGCGAUUCAAAUGUUAAGUUUGCAAAUAAAUGGGAUAAACUUUUGCAACAUAUGUUCUGCUGUUAUUGAUACUGGGACAUCUUUAAUUAUUGGACCAAAUGAACAAGUGAAAAGAAUCAAUUCUUUACUUCAUGUUUUUGACAUUUUUGGAAGAAAAUUCAUUGACUGUGGUCGAAUCGAUAUGCUUCCUUCGAUUGAAUUCAUAUUUCAUAGGAAAAAGUACAUUCUGAAGCCACAACACUAUGUAGUCAAGGAGACCGAAUUCUUUAAAACAAUUUGUUUGUCACCUUUUCAAUCUCGUCUUUCGUUACCUUCUAACUAUUGGGUUCUUGGUGACGUUUUUCUGGGAAAAUUCUAUACUGUAUUCGAUUUCGGUCAGAGAAGAAUUGGAUUGGCUGAUGCUGUGGGAGCAUAG